CUGUUUCCUUUUCCUCAGCAUGUGAACCAAAAAGCAAGUUGUUAUUAGUGGUGGCAGAAAGCUUUAGAAUAUACAUCCCAUAAACUAAGUUUACUCUGUACACACCCCUCCCUCUCUUUUACUCUGGCUGUCUCUGUCUCGAUUUCACUCCCUCUCUCUUGUCCCACCCUCUAUUCAUUUAACUAACCCACUUAUAGCUGUGACAACAGCAGUAGAAAAUGACUUGUGAGUAGAAGGGACAUCUCAAAUAACUUUUUAAACUAGUGAGGAUUUUUACAGGGACCCUGAUUGUUUCCCUUCAGCUUGGGUAUAAUAUUAAAAAGCUGUAUUACAACAACAGAACCAACUUCACUAAUUUGUUCUGUUUAAAAUUUGUAAAUGAGGACAUGUGGUUACAAGUUUGUAUAUUCUUGUUUCUCCUAAGACAAUCAAAUUGUAUGGAAAGCUACUAUGUAAAUGAAGAAGAACCUCCAGGAACAUUUGUAGGGGAUAUUGCAGACAGUCUUCCCCAGCAAGACAAAUCUAAUAUAGUUUUUGAAAUGCUUCAGGGAAAAAGCAAAAAUUUAUUCCGUGUCACCAAGAGUGGAAAAGUAUAUACACUUCAAAAACUAGAUGCAGAAGCUCUUUGUUCUUACAAUGCAGAAUGUUACAGAACACUUGAUGUUACAAUAAAAAGUGAUGGCACUGUAAAAUAUGUCAGAGAAAUUAAGAUAAUUAUAAAUGAUAUUGAUGACAAUAAACCCAUAUUUCCAAAGUCUGAAGUGAACCUUCAUUUUUCUGAAGCUGAUGGUAAAGGUAUGAAAAAACCUAUCAUCAAUGCUAUGGAUAAAGAUAUAAGCAUACAAAACUCUGAAAUCAAGUAUGAAAUAAAUAAAGGUGAUGAUGCACCAUUUUCCUUAGAUAUUUCUAAGAAAGUGGAUGGAACAUCUCAACUAAAAAUAGUGUUAGAUGAACAACUUGAUCGGGAAACUAAAAAUACACAUAUGAUCCAAGUCAUUGCCAAAGGUAGUAGAUCUUCAGAAGAAGAAAGUAUCUUAAAAAUCAAAAUUGAUGUUUUAGAUUUCAACGAUAAUCCUCCUGUCUUCAUGCAGAAAAAGUACAAUUUUUCCAUAGGAAACACAGUGCGAAGUAACAUGCCAAUAGCAGCUGUUUCUGCAACAGAUGCUGAUUCUGGUAUGAAUAGUAAAAUUUCAUAUCGGUUCAGCUCAAAAACAUUAAAAGCUGCUGUAUCACAUUUUAAAUUAAAUGAAGAGUCUGGAGAAAUCUUCCUCAAUACACAAAUUUCUAAAAUGAAACAAAAAAGCUACCAGCUUUAUAUUGAGGCCACUGAUGGAGGUAGCCCUGCUUUGAGUUCGGAUGCAAUAGUUUGGGUAUUUGUGACUAAUCAAGAGAACAAUGCACCUCAUAUUGAAGUUAACUUUAUUACUCAAUCAAACAAUACAUUAACGAUUUCAGAAAAUAUACCGGUGGAUAGCUUCCUUGCAUAUGUAAAAAUUAGUGAUAAUGAUAAGGGGAAAAAUGGUGAUGUUCAUUGUGGUGUAAAACAUGAUUAUUUUUAUUUAAAAGAUGUAGACGAAAACAGAUACACAUUAAAACUGAAAAAGGAAGUUGACAGGGAGUCAACAACAAGUAUGAGUUUUAAGAUUACAUGUCAAGAUAAAGGAUCUCCCCCUUUAUCUGCAGAAAAGAAAUUUUCUGUUCAUAUCGUAGAUGUUAAUGAUGUACCACCACAGUUUACCAAGAGUUCAUUUACAUUUAUAACAUAUGAAAAUGGAGAGAAAGGCUUUCCUAUUGGCUUUGUUAAUGUUAGUGAUCCUGAUUCAGGGCCUGGCGGAGAAGUUAGUUAUUCUCUUAAAAGUGAAACAAAUAGAAACUUUCCUUUCCAUAUUUCUAAUUUUGGAUUUAUAUCAACCACCCAAUCACUAGACAGAGAACAGUGUGACAUUUAUCGAUUCAAAGUUUUAGCAAAAGACAAUGGAACUCCUUCACUGACAAGCACAGCAAAUAUCACUGUUGAAAUUGUUGAUGUAAAUGAUAAUGCUCCCUAUUUUACCUUCCCCAGUAGAAAUCUGUUCAAUGUGGAGUUCAACUAUUAUCCAGGCAGUAGCAAGGAAAUCACCACUCUAAGAGCUUCUGACAGAGACAGCCAUGUAAAUGCUUUCCUUAAGUAUGAAAUACUUGGAGGCAAUGCUAAAAAGUUAUUUAAAGUUAACCCAUAUACAGGAGUUUUGUCUUUUGCUCACACAGUUAACCAAAAUGAUGCUGGAUCAUAUGAUCUAAAAUUAGCAGUCAAAGACAAAGGCAAACCAGUUUUAUCAGCAACAACUACACUGAAAUUGAAACUAACUGUUAGCAAUAAAACAUUAACAACAUUUACAGCAGCAUCAAAAAUACCAGACAAUAGCAUUAAUAUAAAUCUAUUUAUUAUAAUUAUUGUGGCAGCUGUGAUAGUAUCUCUUGUUCUUGUCAUCUCAAUAACAUUGUGCAUAGUGAAAAGGAAUGAUCAAAGGAACAUUCAUUACAGUACAGUGAUGAGCUCACCAAGGAAAUACCCCCAUACAAACAAACAUAUAGAAUAUUUCCAUAAACAACUACCUCACUCGGAUACACCAGUUACAAUGCCUGUUAUGUGCAGAAGGCAGUCUCUACCUGGAUUUCAGUCAGAUCAUAACUGGAGUGAUCCAGGAAUACAUUACCAUACUCUAAAAGAAGGCAGACCUAAAAUAAACAUUCAAAGAACCACCACGAGCCCUGAUACUGCUGGAGACAAAGAAACAAAGUUUACGUCACCCUAUUGCUAUAGUGAUUUAUCAACGAUAUCCUAUGCAGACAGUGGCCGUGGAUACAGUGAAGGAUACACUACACAUUAUGAGGAAUUACCAGAUCCUUACCUUAGGAGACAAGAAACUCACCCAGAAGAAGAAACACCAAAAGCAGACAGUACCCUUCCAAGGAAUAAUAAUACAGGGACCAUGCCAUGCCCUAAAUUACCAGACAAUAAUGUAGAUACUAACACUGAUGAAAAUACAAAAUUAAAAUCGUUUUCCCCAGACAGUACAUUUCAACAGCUACCAUUGAAAAAUAGCUUUUCUUCCACAAACAAACCUCUACCAGCAAUACCAAAUGUGCCAUAAUACAUUUUGCAAUAUAUAUAUAUGAAUAUAUAUACAUGA